AAGAGCCAACAGUGGUUGCAAUUUCACUGGCUGGAACUGUUGCCGAAGGUGAGCUGAAGAGUGGGAAUAAUCCAUUUCUUUUCGGGGUCUUUCAGUUCCUCACCGCUUGCCAAAACAGUCGCACGAUCGUGUCAAUCUCAGUGAAGGUUUUUGGCUUGUGUGAACAUGAAGAAGUGUUUUGCAGUGAUUCCAUGUCUUACAUCUCUCUUCGCCUUGGCGAAUAGUCAAUCCUCAGACGGAUCUUUCAGGCUCAUGCUGAUGCACAACAAUGAUAUUCACGGGCGAUUUGAGCAGUUCGACGCUGGAGGUAUUUCGUGUCGCGAGCCGGGAAAAGAAACCUGUUUCGGAGGAAUUCCAAGGAUGUUGCACAUACUCCGCGAAGCCAGAAAUCACUCAAAUGAACCCCUUUUGUUCCUCAACGCGGGAGAUUCCUUCACUGGUACUCCGUUGUUCACCAUCACCAAGGAGAACAUCACGGCUCACGUGCUGAACAUUCUGCAGCCAGACGCAGUGACUCUGGGCAAUCACGAAUUUGGCUAUGGUAUCGACGUCCUCUCGGCGUUCCUGCGGCAAUUGCGCACACCCGUCGUGGUGACGAAUCUCAAUCUGACCAGUUCACCCACGCUUCGUCGUCACAUUAAAUCAUCCGUCGUUCUGGACGUGUCUGGCCAUCGAGUGGCCAUUGUGGGCUACGUCAUUCCCAGCGCGAGGGAACAAUUGCGAACUGACGAGGUGAUCUUCGUGGACGAAGUCGAUGCUGUAUCACGAGAAGUGCGGAGACUCCGCAAUGCUGGCAUCCGCAUCAUCAUCGCUCUGGGACACUCAGGAUUGGAGAGAGAUCUCGAGGUGGCGAAGAAAUGCCCAGGAAUCUCUGUCAUUGUCGGUGGACAUUCUCACAGUCUCCUGCACACGGGCGAUGUGGAGUCACUGGACAGCGUCUCUGGGGCGUAUCCUCAAGUCGUGAGGGCAGAAGACGGUUCCGUCACUCUCGUGGUGCAAGCGGGAAAGUAUGGCAAAUACAUGGGGCGUCUUGAGUUGACUUUCGACACUGAAGAGCGCCUUCAGGCGUGGCGAGGCAAUUCUGUGCUGUUGACUGAGGAAUUCCCUCAAGAAACUGACGCUCUGGAGCUCUUGGCGCCCUUCGGUGAGACACUGAGCAGACUGGAAGCCAAAACGGUGGGCAACACUCUCGUUCACCUCGAUGGGCAGUACAAGACGUGCAGAUUCCGUGAAUGCAACAUGGGAAAUCUCAUUGCAGACGCCAUAUUCGAUGCCUAUCUUAGCUCACAGAUGAGCACAGCGGCAGCGUGGUCAGACGCAUCGGGAGUUCUUCUGCUCAGUGGCAGCAUUAGGAAUUCAGUGGGAAAGAAGAUCAUCACAUUGGCUGAUCUCAAAGCUGUUCUGCCGUAUGAGAACACCUUUGUGCUCGUCAAUGUGUCCGGAAGCACGCUCAAGGAUGUCUUGGAGCACUCUGUGGCAAAGUACAGCAUCACUCGGGGACUGGGACGUUUUCUGCAAAUGUCUGGUGUGCAAGUGAAGUACAAUUUAACCAACAAUCCUGCCUCCAGAGUCUCUUCUGCUGAGAUUCUCUGCACCAAUUGCAGAGUUCCCACUUUCGAAGCCGUUGAUCCACUGAAAUGGUAUCGCAUAAUUGUGUCGACCUUCAUGAAGGAAGGUGGAGAUGGUUUUACUCACUUUAAGGACUCAACAAGUGAACACUUGCCUUUUGGCGAAAUUGAGGCUGUGCAGACGUUUAUUGAGAAGAGAAGUCCUAUUUAUCCAAGAAUAGAGGGGCGAAUUGUGCUGUUUAACUAAGUAUUUGCCAUCAUAUACA